GACUUCCUUCCGGAAGUGACCACGUGCUUCCGGCGUGGUUGACCGGAGCGGCGGGCAAGUCUGUUGUGCAGUUGGCGGCGCCCCGGGCACUGGGACCCGCGCCAGGCCGUGGUCUCCGCGGGCCGGCCCGAUGGACCCGCUCCGGGCCCAGCAGCUGGCGGCGGAGCUGGAGGUGGAGAUGAUGGCUGACAUGUACAACAGAAUGACCAACGCCUGCCACCGGAAGUGCGUGCCGCCCCACUACAAGGAGGCAGAGCUGUCCAAGGGCGAGUCCGUGUGCCUGGACCGCUGCGUCUCCAAGUACCUGGACGUCCACGAGCGCAUGGGCAAGAAGCUGACCGAGCUGUCCAUGCAGGACGAGGAGCUGAUGAAGAGGGUGCAGCAGAGCUCCGGGCCCGCGUGAGGGCGGCCGUCGUGUCCCGAGUGUGGCAGGUGUUGGUCACUGGUGUGUGGCCGAGGACGUGUGUAUAUGUGUACAUAUUAAAUGCGCUGUCAGUGCCUAGUGUGUGCAAAGCAGUGCGCUUGGCAUUUGAGAGCAAAGAGAUGAGA